CUCCUCCAUCCAUGAGCUGCUGCUGGAGGCAGGGCCCGUUAUACAGAGCAGGUGCACACGAGGAGCUCCCAUCAGCUUAUCUUCUUUUAAUUAUAGCCAGCGACCUGAUUUCAGCACUGCGGGGAUUUAAAAGCUCCUUCCGAAGGAAAGCCGCCAGACCGACAGGCGCUGCAGAGCGCGCGUCAAGCGUUUUCAUCCUUAUAAGAGAAAAACACACGAGAACCGGGAGCGCAUCUCCUGGAUAACGGAAACUUCGGAAUAUCGCGGAAAACAGUUCAAGGAUGGCGUCGAAAUGCGUUGGGUUUGUAUUCGUGAUUCAUGUGUUGGCUGUAAUAAUAUCGGACAUCAGCGCGUUUCCGACACCUGCUGGACCUGACGAUAAGGGCAUGUACAAUCGAGAGCUGACAGAGGAGAAGCCAUUGGAACAGCAGAUUGCAGAAGCUGACAGCAUAAGGAAGACAGAACCAAAGCCAACAGCACCAGCUGAGGCAAAGUCAAACUUAGAGGACGAUGACAUCACUUUUCUCAAGUCUUUGGCUGAGAAGGCCGAAGAGUCGGACAAUGAGACUCCCGUGUCAGAUUCUGUAGAUGAGCGAUACGGUUCUGAUGAGGCUGACUCGACCAAGAACAGAAGACUAGCUGAUGACUAUGACUCUACUAAGAGUGGAAUGGACUACAAAUACCAAGAUGAUCCUGAAAGCUUUUUGCAGCUGGACGGGACCCCGCUGACAGCUCAGGACAUUGUACAGAAAAUCGCCAACAAAAUCUAUGAGGAGGAUGACAGAGGAGUGUUCGAUAGGAUUGUAUCUAAACUACUUAAGCUGGGCCUAAUCACAGACAGUCAGGCAGAGACGCUGGAGUAUGAAGUUGCUGAAGCCCUGCAGGACCUAAUAACCAAAAAUGCCAAAGAUAAUAUGAUUGGAGACCUGAGUAUGGACUACCCCGUUAAUAUAGCUAAAGACACACUGAACAAUAUGGAUGAAGAAGAUAGGCCUAGCCGUCGAUAUGAUGAAGAGGAUGAAGAUGCUGUUGAUGACGACAAUGGUGCUGAAGAGCAGGAGGAGGAGAUCAGAGAUGACACGGUGAGGGCUGACGACUCAUGGGAUGCUGUGAGCGACGGCAACGACAGGAACGAGCUGAACCCUGAAGAUGGACUGCAGGACCUUCAGUUCUUCCCAAACUUCUACAGACUGCUCAAGAGCCUCGACUCAGAGCAAGAUAAAGAGGAGAGAGAGACCCUGAUCACCAUCAUGAAGACUUUAAUCGACUUUGUGAAGAUGAUGGCCAAAUAUGGAACCAUCACACCAGAAGAAGGAGUUUCUUAUCUGGAAAAUCUGGAUGCAAUGAUUGCCCUGCAGACCAAGAACAAGUUGGGCAAAUCUCUGGGUCCUCUCAGCAUUACGCCCCCUACAGGAAAAGCAGCAGAUGAUGAUGACAACACCAAAACAGAGGCGGCCAAAAUGCAGAAGGAGUACGAGUCCCUGAAAGACUCAACCAAGGAUGUCCAGACUGCAACAGAGACCAGUCGUCCAGGGAAGUCUGAGAGUUAUCUGGAGGCAAUCAGAAAGAACAUUGAAUGGCUGAAAAAACACAACAACGAAGGCAACAAAGAAGAUUACGACCUCUCCAAACUGAAGGACUUCAUGGAUCAGCAGGUGGAUGCAUAUAUCGAUAAGGGCAUCAUCGCCAAAGAUGAAGGUGAUGUCAUCAAGAGAAUCUACGGGAGCCUGUAGGAGCCACUAAUGCUGCUUCUUCACUUAAUAUUGUAACAGACUACGUACUAAAUACUUCAACUGGGCAUACUAACACAUAUCCUAAUGCUUUAACUUCUAAUAAACAAGAUUUAGUCUGCAACUCAGACAGUAUUUGAGCAGAAUAAUACUCUCCUGAAGGCAAUAUCCUCUCAGUGCAGUCAGCAUUAGAACACAAUCUAAUGCUAGAUGAUCCACACAUCACAUGAGUUGUAAGUGUUCUUACUAAUAAGACCGAAUAACAGCAUUUGCUACCUAGAAGUCUGAAAUUCAGUGAAUCUGGUAGUUUGACUUACAAAUCAGUGUAAAAUAGUAGCUUUUGCACCCGUCCCUCUUUUGCAAUAGACUUUUACAGCAUCAUAUACAUAUAUAUCUGUAAUAUUCAUUCAUGUAUGGUACAUAGCAUUUUCUCUUCAUUUGGUCUUAUUUAAAGAAAAUUAACCCCUAUUAUUGUUUCUUAAUCAACCAAAAAAACAGCUUUUAUUGUCAGUGAAUUGCUUUCCUGUUGUGUUGUUGUUGUCACCCAGUCUAUAGGGGGCAGUCUUUAUAUCUCCCUUCUCUCUCUUAAGUUUGGUUUUCUGGGUUCUGUUUCUCCAUUCUUUGACUGUAUAUUCCACAUGCUAUAGAUUCACAAAAAUCGAGUAUUUUUAAAUGUAAAUAUUGUGACUUUUCCAAAAAUCGAUUAAACA